UGGGCGGUACGUGUUCACGUCAUUCUGCAUUCUGUUUCCUAUCCGGCACGAUGGUUGACGCUUUGAAAAACAAAAUGGAAAAACUUCGCCAAGACAUGGUUGAUGCCUCAACCGAAGCCGAAGAGGCGAAAGCUAGCGUGGAGGAUGCGAGUCAUCGCUGCCAAAGUCUUGACGACGACAUCAAGGAACUAGAAGAGCGCUUGUCUGUUCUCGAGGACGAUCUUGACAAGGCGGAAACCUCUUCAAAAGAGCAAAUUCAGACACUGGAAAAUGCGUUACGUGAAUGGGAUCAACGCGCAAGUACUGGGGAAGGCCGGGUGAGGUCGCUAGAGGGUGAGAAGGAAAAGCUAAAAAGAGCCUUGUGCGACGUCGAUUUUGAAAAGGAGAGAGUGAUGAAGGAGUUGGAGUCGCUUGGAUCUUCUCUCGAGUAGUGAGCCGUUGUGGUUGGCCCGAGGACUGAACUUGACAGUAGGUGGUGACAUUCCUUCACUGCAUGUCUAGAUCACGCUGAGGCGGAUUGAAGACUUGUUCUGCAUUUUAGAUGUAUUGUGUUGCGUAGGUAGUAACUGUUGUUUCUCAACGCAGUGCUGCAAUGUGAA